UAAGAAAAUGGCUGCCUCCAUGGAGCAGUCUGUGGCAACAAGGGUUUGUGAAACAACGAGUUGUGACAAAGAAGCUAAAUUACAGUGUCCAACUUGUAUAAAGCUUGGCAUUUCUGGCUCAUUUUUCUGUAAUCAGGAAUGUUUCAAAGGCUUCUGGGGAGAGCACAAAAAGGUUCAUAAGAAAGCUAAAGGGGAAGACAACCAAGAUAUAACUGAGGACCAAAAGUCAGAAUGGGCGGGCUUCAAGUUUACUGGAGCUCUCAGACCAGGGAAAGUGAUGAAAAAGCGAACUGCUCCAGACCACAUACCUCGACCCGACUAUGCCGAACAUCCUACAGGUGAACCCACGUCGGAACGCCAGAUGAGAGGGAACCACAAUAUUAGGAUCUUGACUGCAGAAGAACAAGAGGGGGUCAGGCAGGCUUGUAAGCUUGGUCGUGAGGUGUUGGAUAUAGCAGCCAAGGCAAUAGGGGUGGGAGUGACCACAGCUGAGAUAGAUAGACUGGUUUAUGAGGCUUGUAUAGACAGACAGUGUUACCCGUCACCUCUCAACUAUUACUGCUUCCCUGCCUCCUGUUGCACGUCAGUUAAUGAGGUGAUAUGCCAUGGAAUUCCUGAUACACGGAAGUUGGAAGACGGAGAUAUUGUAAAUGUGGAUAUAACUGUUUACUACAAGGGCUAUCAUGGUGAUCUGAAUGAGACGUUUUACGUGGGAAAAGUGGAUGAACGAUAUAAGAAAUUGGUCCGAGUGGCCUGGGAGUGUCUCGACCUUGCAAUUAAAGAAGUCAAACCUGGGGUUCGCUACCGAGACAUCGGAUCCUUUAUACAGAAACACGCCCAGGCUAAUGGGUUCUCUGUUGUAAGAAGUUACUGCGGACAUGGAAUACACUCGUUGUUCCAUACAGCACCCAAUGUUCCUCAUUAUGCCAAAAAUAAAGCCAUCGGAAUUAUGAAACCCGGCCAUAGCUUCACCAUCGAACCCAUGAUAAAUGAAGGAGUUUGGCGUGAUGAAAUGUGGCCAGACAAGUGGACGGCGGUCACUGAAGACGGCAAGCGGUCAGCGCAGUUUGAACACACACUUCUCGUAACUGAGACUGGGUGUGAGAUCCUUACACGUAGGAGGGAGAAAAACGCGCAGCCUCAUUUUAUGGACUCCGAAAACAAUGCCGAAUGAUGGCUUUCCAAUUUUAGGGGUCAAAUUUAAAUUUUAAUACCUCUGGUUUCUUGCCUGGAAUAUGCUUCAAUUACUUAUUUCUGAAGAAAAAAAUGGCACUGAUUAAUCUAAGAGAGCUUUAGAUUUGUUUAUAAACAAAAACUUCUUAUUUGAUAGGUUGUUAGCAUUUUAUUGGAAAAAAAAACACUUAUAAACACUCAUAAUAAGAUCCCCAUAAAUUGUUUAGAAUACUUGAAAUUCUUGUACAUUUUGAUCAAGAACAAUGUGUUAAAGGCACAUUGUUAUUGAUAAAAUAUUUUAGCUCAUAUUGUGGCAUUUUUGGUCACGGUGUCCUUGUUAUUAUCAGAGACAUUCAAAAAGCUGUUGCAAGUUUAUUUGCAAUUUUGUUAAUGGGUUUAAUAAAUUUCUUACUGAAUGAC